UAUCAAUUGACCUCUUGACCCCACCCCACGACCACUGCCAUAGCAAAACUCUUGUUUUUGACUAAGAGAAGCAGUGGGCUUGCAAACACAAACCUGUUUAUGUUAAAACAAGUGAUUUGACCAGAAUGGAAUCCAAAAAUGUGAUGCCCGUGUUAUCGCAGCCAGUGCGUGCUAAGAGUUUGUUGCGAGCAAACCUCGAGAGGCCAAACGUUGUAAUCCGCAGCAGGAUGCCGAACAUCAAAGUCUUCAGCGGCACCUCGCACCCAGAUCUUGCCCAAAGGAUCGUGGAUCGACUGGGCAUUGAUUUAGGAAAAGUCGUCACCAAGAAGUUCAGCAACUUAGAAACAUGUGUGGAGAUUGGAGAGUCUGUGCGUGGAGAAGAUGUCUACAUCGUGCAGAGUGGCAGUGGGGAAGUUAAUGACAACCUGAUGGAAUUGCUCAUCAUGAUAAAUGCCUGUAAAAUUGCUUCUGCUUCACGAGUGACUGCUGUCAUCCCCUGCUUCCCUUAUGCCCGCCAGGACAAAAAGGACAAGACUGCUGGUGACGGAAAACCUGUGGUCGAACCAUCUUUCAAGAAUAACGAUUGGAAGUUCAGGAGUCGUGCUCCAAUUUCUGCUAAACUUGUUGCCAACAUGCUUAGUGUUGCUGGCGCUGAUCAUAUCAUUACUAUGGAUCUUCACGCUUCUCAAAUUCAAGGCUUCUUUGACAUUCCUGUUGACAAUCUGUAUGCUGAACCUGCAGUUUUGAAGUGGAUUAAGGAAAAUAUUGCAGAGUGGCGCAAUUCAAUUAUUGUGUCCCCAGAUGCUGGGGGUGCUAAGAGGGUAACAUCAAUCGCUGACCGAUUAAAUGUUGAAUUUGCCCUGAUUCAUAAAGAGCGCAAAAAGGCCAACGAAGUUGCAUCAAUGGUUUUGGUUGGAGAUGUGAAAGACCGUGUUGCAAUUCUUGUUGAUGAUAUGGCAGACACAUGUGGUACUAUUUGCCAUGCUGCUGAAAAACUUCUGGAAGCUGGUGCUACACGAGUAUAUGCAAUUUUGACUCAUGGAAUAUUCUCUGGACCCGCUAUAUCAAGGAUCAACAAUGCCUGUUUCGAGGCUGUUGUUGUUACUAACACCAUUCCUCAAGAUGGGCAUAUGAAAGACUGUCCUCGUAUUCAGUGUAUUGAUGUGUCUAUGAUGUUUGCGGAAGCUGUAAGGAGAACACACAAUGGUGAAAGUGUGUCCUACCUUUUCUCCAAUGUUCCAUAUUAAGUACCUGUCCAUUUUAAUUUGUUUAUGGGUCUUUAAAGUUCAGUUUUAUCACACCCGACAACCUGUACACUGAUAUGAUCAAUUAAUCUUUAGGACUGACAUUUGAUGAUUAAAGCCAAUAAUCAAAGCAAAAUGUAGAUGUUUCAAUAGUUGUCUCUAAACUAGGUGAAAUGUAAGAACAUCAAAGGAAGGAAAUUGUGUGCCAUAAAUUGUAUUGAAGUGAAAUUUUCUGUGUUCAUGUGACAUGGCUGUCUUAAUCUUCAUCUCAUCUUUCCUCUAUUCUAUGGUAAAAUGGAAAACAGACCAUCUUUCAAAGGUGUGAAUGUUGACAUUCUAAUAGGUUCACCAUAGGGCCAAGUAAUAUGUAGUUUAUGCACUCCUCUCAGAGGGUAUGUCAUUGGCUGUGAGUAUGUGUGGAGCCAGUUUGGCUCAUGUUACUACUUAGGAUUGAAUUUGGCUUGUGUUAGUUAUUGUGAAAUUAUGUUGAUUAAUUCUUUGUCUUCAAAUGCUGCGUGGGUUGUAUAAAAGUACAGAUUGUCUGGUCUUGAAUGCUUAAAGUUCAAUGAUUUGUGGAAUCAAGUAGUGCUUGCUAUUAGCACUAAGUUUUGGUCUUGAUCUACCCACUGACACAUGUCUUGUUUUUGGUUUUUUUAAUUAUUUCUUGCCCCUCUUACUUUUCUAGUAUUGAUCAGUAUUUUGUUAAGAUUUGAAAGAGAUUGAUAAACAUAUUUUCCUGAUCCAGAACACGUCUAUUUUAUUGUUUUAUGUAUGACUGUCCUCUAAAGGAACUUGAAUCUUGUAUUGUUAGUCUGUUGACAACUUUUAUAGCAGAUACAUUUAGGGAUGAAAGCACUCUUGUAAAUUCUCUGUGAACCACAGUAUCAAUUUCCGCAUGUGAAGUAACGGGUCUUUUUGUGUUUAAUUUAGUAACCGAAUGUUGAUUAUUUGAGAUGACUACAGUACAUCAUUUACAAUCACAAAUUUUAGAAACUUAAUUUUAGAUCUGCAAUGUUAUGUUUUCACUUAACUUCAGCAAACUGAACACUUAAGGCCUGAAGUUAGUUAGAUGCUUGUACAAUGUAAAUUAGAAAAAAUAAAUUUUUGAUGAGAUUUUGUAAA